AUGCAAAGACUUCUAAAUAAAGCAUUUAAAUAAACUUCACCUUCAUUAGUUAGCAAGUAGGUGAAUAACUUCGCUGUCAUUUAUGGGCCUCUAGCUGAUGUUAAGUUUGAUCUUGAACACUUAAACAAGCAAAGCACAAAGAUUUAACAAUUCAUCAACAUAUAUCGUAAGCACGGUCACUAGUUUGCUUCUAUUGAUCCUCUUAAUCUAGUUAACAGAUCUUCAGAAUUUGUAAAUCCACUUGAUUUUGGUAUUAAGUAUACUGAAAACUAUUAGAAGGACAUUGAUAAAGAUUCUUCUUACAUUUCUACCCUUCCUGAAGCCUAGGAAGUAGCUUCAUUAGAAUAAUACUUGAAGAGAGUCUACUAAGACACUGUCGGUGUAGAGUUCGAGCAUGUCAACGAUCCAGCUGAAAGAACUUGGCUUUACUAUAAUUUCGAAAGACACUAGCUGACUGAAUUAACUAGCUUUGAAAAAGUUAACAUCCACUCUCUUCUCAGUCAAACUGAAGCUUUAGAUCAUUUCCUACAUAAGAAAUUCUAAACUUUCAAAAGAUAUGCAGGUGAAGGAGCAGAGUCUUCUAUUGUAGGUUUAAAAACUAUCUUGGCCAAGGCUAGCGAAAUGGGUGUUGAAGAUGCAGUUAUUGGCAUGCCUCAUAGAGGUAGAUUAAAUGUUUUAUGCAACUUAUUAGAUUAUCCUGUUGCUGAUUUACUUAGAAAGAUUAGUGGACAUCCUGAUUUACCAAAUGAGUUAUACAACUAUAUUGAUGAUGUCGUCUCUCAUAUUGCAGUUUCAAAGAAAGGUAAAUUAUACGCUGGUACUGGCUGUAAAGAAAGACCUAUUAACGUUUCUUUACUUCAUAAUCCUUCUCAUUUAGAAGCUGUCAAUCCAGUUAGCAUGGGUAAGGCUCGUGCUAAAAUGGAUGAAAAAACUAAAACAGAAGUCCUCAACAUUUAAUUGCAUGGUGAUGCUGCUUUUUCUGCUCAAGGUGUUGUUUAUGAAUCAUUUGCUUUAGGAAAAGUUCCUAAAUUCUCUGUUGGUGGUACCAUUCAUAUGAUAGUCAACAAUCAAAUAGGUUUUACAACCAAUCCUAUUGAUGGUAGAGGUGGUUUUUACUGCAGUGAUAUUGCAAAGGCUUUCGAUACACCUAUUAUCCAUGUAAAUUCUGAUGAUCCUGAAGCUAUUCACAGAGUUUGCAAAUUUGCUGUUGAAUAUCGUCAACGUUUCUAAAAGGAUAUUUUAAUCGAUGUCAUUGGAUAUCGUCGUUAUGGACAUAAUGAACUUGAUGAACCUGAAUUCACUUAACCUCACAUGUACAAUCAUAUUAAAAAUACCUAAAAGACAUGCCCUCAAUUGUAUGAUUCCAAACUUAUUGAAUCUAAAAUUGUAAAAGAAGGUACUUAUUAAAAGAUUAGAGAAAAAACCUUUGCCUAUUGUGAGACAGAAUUUGAAAAAAUUCCUUCUAUCAAAAAAACUGUUGAGGAAUACAAAGCUGAUAAGCAUAAUUCAGCAUCUGCUUUCCGUUAAAACUGGAAAAAUAUGGAUUUCAGUUAGUAUGGAGAUAACAGUAGACCUACUGGCUAUAAUGCUGAUAUUUUACGUCAACUUGCAAGAUAAAGUGUUGUGUUACCAAAUGGAUUUUAAGUUCACAACCGUUUACAAAAGAACUUCAUCUAAUCUCGUAUGAAAGCUGUUGAAAACAACUCUCUUGAUUGGGCAACCUGUGAAGCUUUAGCUGCAAUGACUUUGUUGGAAGAAGGUCACACUAUCCGUUUCACUGGUGAAGAUGUUGAAAGAGGUACUUUUUCUCAAAGACAUUGGGUAUUCACUGAUUAAAUUACUCACAAGCACUGGAAUCCUAUUUAAGAGUUAUAUGAAGGCUUCAACAAAGGUAAAUUGUAUGUAUAUAACAGUCCUUUAAGUGAAAUCGGUGCUCUUUCUUAUGAAUAUGGCUAUUCUUUGGAGUCUGAAAGAAUCUUUUCUAUUUGGGAAGCUUAGUUUGGUGAUUUUAACAACAGUGCUUAAGUAGCAAUUGACACUUUCUUGACUUGCAGUGAACAUAAAUGGGCUAGAUAAUCAUCUCUAACUCUUUUAUUGCCUCAUGGUAUGGAUGGUGCUGGUCCUGAACACUCCAGUUGUCGUAUGGAAAGAUUCUUAUAAAUGGGUAACACUGAUGGUAUUGACAGAAAUCUCACUUACGCAGGAUACAAUCCUAAUAGAAGUCCCUCAAAAGUAGAAGAUCAAUAAUUCUACAUGAGCCACUAAGAUGUUAACUUCUAAUUAAUUAAUCCAACCACUCCUGCAAACUAUUUCCAUGCUUUAAGAAGAUAAAUGCACAGAAAUUACAGAAAGCCACUAGUUGUAGUUGGACCUAAAACUUUGAUAAGACAUUAAUUGGCUAAAUCUACUUUUGAAGAUAUGGGUGAAUAAACAAGAUUCAAAGAAAUCAUUUAAAGAUUAGAAGUUAAUCACAAAACCAAAAACAUUAUUAUUAUGACAGGAAAGUUCUAAUAUGAUGUUUAUAAUUAAAUUGAAUAAGCUAACAAAUAGGAUACCACAGCUCUUGUAGUCUUAGAAGAAUUACUUCCUUUCCCUGAAGAAUAGCUUAAAACUAUUCUUGCUAAAGCUGAUGCUCAUCAUGCAAAUAUUUAUUGGGUACAAGAAGAACAUAUUAACUCAGGAGCUUAUGUUUAUAGUGAACCACAUAUAGCAAGAAUAAUUAGAGAACUUAAAUUUAAAAACCAAAAAAUAACUUACGUUGGUAGAAAGGCUUCUCCAGCCACUGCUACUGGUAGAUCAAAAGAACAUCCUCAAGAAUUAAAACAAAUACAUGCUUAUAUUGAAAAAAUUAUUUCUUAAUGA